CGUCGCCGCGUCUGCGCAAGAGCACACAUGCGCGUACAGCCGGUUCCUAAUGCGAACAUUGCUUCCUUUUCCUGUGACUGGAUACAAUGGCGUCCGGAACUUUAUAUACGUACCCGGAAAAUUUCCGUGCCUACAAGGCCCUAAUAGCGGCACAAUUCUCCGGUGCUCAAGUCAAAGUCGCCGAGGAUUUCGUCUUCGGCGAGACCAAUAAGACCGAGGCGUUUUUGAAAAAGUUUCCACUGGGAAAGGUUCCAGCAUUUGAAACAACUGAUGGAAAAUAUCUUACAGAAAGCAAUGCAAUUGCUUAUUAUGUGGCUAAUGAACAGCUGAGGGGAAAAACUGAUAUUGAUCGCGCAUUGAUUAUCCAAUGGCUUGGCUUUGCCGAUUCUGAAAUUCUUCCUGCUAGUUGUGCUUGGGUAUUUCCCCUACUCGGAAUAAUGCCGUACCACAAGCAGACUGUUGAGCAUGCUAAGGAAGAUAUAAACAAAGCACUCACUGCUCUGAAUUCGCAUUUACUUACACGGACUUAUUUAGUGGGAGAACGAUUAACUCUGGCAGAUAUUUGCGUAGCUAUGACAUUGCUACACUUAUAUCAGUAUAUUCUUGAGCCAGAGCUGCGUAAGCCUUACAUGAAUGUAAAUCGAUGGUUCCAAACCGUUAUCUAUCAACCUGAAUCUAUUGCUGUAAUUGGUGCCUUCAAAUUGGCGGAUAAAACUAUUGAAUAUGAUCCUAAGAAGUUUGCAGAAACUCAGGGAAAGAGUUCAAAAAAAGAAAAAAAAGAGAAAGAAUCUAAGAAGGAGACUAAAGAGGCGAAGGAAUCGAAGGAAUCCAAAGAGUCAAAGAAAGAAUCUAAAGCCUCGGUAGAUAAGGCAGCAGUAGAAGAUGAAGCUGAUGCAACAGACGAAGCUUUAGCUGCCGAACCGAAAAAGAAAAAUCCAUUUGCUUCAAUGCCUAAAAGCAACUUCGAUCUGGAUGAUUUUAAACGUUUUUACUCUAAUGAAGAUGAAUCUAAAUCUAUUCCUUACUUUUGGCAAAAGUUUGACCCAGAAAAUUAUAGUAUUUGGCUUAGUGAAUAUAAGUACAACAAUGAAUUAACUAAAGUUUUCAUGUCCUGUAAUUUAAUUAGUGGUAUGUAUCAACGAUUAGAUUCGUUGAGAAAAGGUGCAUUUGCCAGUGCCUGUAUAUUUGGAGAAGACAAUGACAAUACUAUCAGUGGCAUUUGGAUCUGGCGUGGACAGGACCUUGUUUUUACAUUAAGUCCAGAUUGGCAAGUGGAUUAUGAAUCUUAUAAUUGGACGAAACUGGACCCAUCAAAAGAAGAAACAAAAGAAUUGGUCAAGCAAUAUCUCAGUUGGACUGGCACAGACAAAGAAGGACGGAAAUUCAAUCAAGGAAAAAUUUUCAAGUAAAUGUUGCCAUAUGCAUCAAAUAAACCCUAUUUGCAUGAAAUAAACCGAAGGAAACGAUAAAAUAUCAAAAGUUUACAUAUGUCCUUCAUAAAAAUCCUAAUAGAAUAAACUGAUAUUCAGAAUCUCUCCUA